AGAUAGAAUGAAGUUACUAAAGAAUAUUGCUGAGAUUCUCAUACCUUGUUUAGACAUACUGUCCUGCGGUUUGGUAUAUACACCCAGUAAGGUGCAUGGCCUGUUCUGUACGUCGUAGACUGGCGACGAGAUAUUGGGCCUAACUAACCUGUGCCUAACGCGGAAGUGAAGCUGCACGAGAGAUUAAUCAGUUCGGAGGAACCAGUAUCAAAGGUCCAGACCAUCGACUGUCGCUAUGUUGCAAACAAGCACGAGACUCGCUGUUAUCCUCCUCCUCCUCGUAUGUCCGAACUGUCUGGACGGAGCCAACAUCCUCAUGUUUCCGGGACCAUUCAGCCAUUUUGGGGUCAUGUCUCACAUUGCUAAAGAGCUGAGCAGAGAAGGUCACAAGAUUACAUUCAUUACGUAUAAAGCCCAAUGGGUGAAAAAAGCCGACCAUUUCGACCUGUGGACGUAUAGCGAUGAUAAUUCCGACUACGAGAAGGUGAUGGAAGAGUUGUUUGCCGACUCUCUUGCAGGAAGGAGUCAAUAUGAAGGUGACAAGAUAACCCGCGGACAGGCGGCAGUCGACAAGCAGAUGAGGGAUUUUUUCGAAUCUGUGCCCAAAUUUCGUGCUUCAGCAGAGAAAGAAAAAUUCGACUUGGCUGUGGCGGAUGCAUUUAUUGUCCACGGAAUGCAUUUCAUUAAAUCUCUCAAUCUACCAUUAAUUGUAUUCGCCUGUGGGGCGUUUGACGCCGUUCAACACGCCCGGUUGUCACAGACGCCGUCCCCGUUGGCGUAUGUGCCGGUUGGAUUCACACCUUUACAGUUAACGGACCGGAUGUCCUUCCUGGACCGGUUGACCAACACUGGACUGUACGUCGCCAAUCAGCUGGCCCUUAAGUACUACUUUGCCACCAUGAAUCAGUACGCCAGGAACUCUUUGCCGGAAGUGCAGCAUCUGUCGUAUGAAGACAUCAUGGCGGACGCAGAGUUGUGGUUGGCUAACACUGACUUCACUCUGGAGUUCCCGCGACCUCUCACCCCAAACGUGGUCUACGUGGGCGGUUUAACCACAAAGGAUUCACAGCCUCUGCCGCAGGACCUAGAGAGUUUCUUAGCAGGAUCCGGAGACGCUGGCGUCAUCGUCUUCAGUCUCGGCACCACCGUCAAGGAUCUAGAUGCAGCAACUGCUCAGGCAUUUGUUGACGCCUUUAAGUCUCUGCCACAACGCGUCAUCUGGCGUUACGGGGGAACCAAGGUCCCUCCAGUGCCAGACAAUGUCAGGAUCAUGAAGUGGAUACCGCAGAAUGAUCUACUUGGUCAUCCUAAGGUCCGAUUGUUCUUGAACCAUGGAGGUAUCAGUGGAGUAAUGGAGGCGAUAUACCACGGUAUUCCCAUGGUGGCUAUUCCGAUAUUCGGCGACCAGUUCGACAUCGUUGCUAGGAUCGUUGCUAAGGGAAUGGGUCUGAGGAUUGACGUCACGAAUAUUACGAAGGCGAGCAUCUUGUCCUCUGUACAACAGGUGCUUGGGGAUAGGAGAUUUUAUGACACUUCGAAGAAAAUGUCCGCCAUCAUGAAGUCACGUGAGCAGCAUCCCAUGAGAAGGACCGUCUACUGGAUCAACUACAUCCUUGACCACGGCGGGCAGCAUCUACGACCGGCGUCGCGGGACCUGAACUUUCUCCAGUAUUUCCUCCUCGAUGUUAUAACGUGUAUUGUCGGUGUUGUUGUCGUAUUCUUGUGGGUACUCAAAUGUCUGUGUUGCUGUGGCCUUCGUUGUUGUUGUAGAAAGAGAAAUACUAAACCCAAAUUAGAAUAGACACAUGUUUUGCUUUCCAGAUAAUCCUUUUUGCCUUCCUCAGUCAGAAAUGUGAAUUGUGUGCCAUUCCCCUCUCAAAAAGGACAUGGAGUCAGUUAUAUAACAAAUUUUAUCACGAGAAUAGCUUCGAUCUAGUUGCAGUUAGAUCAUUGGCAUCGGAUCGCAAUUGAGUACCUUGAUGCUUCUGAUGACAAUGUGUAUUCUGGCCCAGAUUCAACGUUUCACAAACCCCUGUCUUUUAUGACUGACGCGGGGAAUGUUGCUGACUGCAUAAACAAUGAACAACGAUGCGAGUUGAGUUGUCACAGAAGAGUUCGACGUUACAUUCGUGACAUGACGUCAUCGGCGUUUCAGUGUGACAUCAUGCCUGUUUUCCAACUUCCAGGGAGUGCUUCAGAAAGUGACCGAUAACCUUUCUGUUUUACCAUGUCGAUACACAGGAUGUGAUUUCAGAUUUGCGGGGUUUAUUAAGUAUUUGGUGUCAUUGAAUGUUUACCUCAAAAGCUCGGAAUGAGCAAUGCCCGUCGGUCACGAAAAGAAUUUGUGGGCAAUAAUUACUCAAUAAACCCCGGAAAUAUGAAACAUGUGACAUAUGUUAUAUUUGGGAUUACACUUUCUUAGUACAGAUAAAAAACAGAUGAAACAUGUUUCGUUUAUACAGCCCAACGUAGUUCUACCUCGAAUAAUCAGAAUUUCAGUGUAAAUAUUUUAAUAUACCUAUUUUGUUGUAA